AUGGGUUUGGGACAAAAAUUUGAAAUGUUGAAUAUCAGCUCCUCAACUGAUCUACGCCGUCAGAUUUGCAAAAGCAUGAAAUUAUUGCUAGGAUUCUUGAAACAUUGUACGAGCACUGUGACAAUCCGAGAGGUUGCAUGCUAUCACCUAGUGAAAAAAACUGAGACUUAUGACAAGCUUCCUAAUUUACGACAGUUGUUUCUCUCAAACAAUCAAAUUUCUGGUUGUAUUCCAGAAAAUAUUGGAGAAGUCUUGCCAAAUCUAUCGAUCUUGGAUCUCUCCAAUAAUAGUAUUUCAGGAUUUAUUCCCAACUCCAUAGGGAAUAUGAAGGUUUUGGAGGCUCUUGAUCUUUCUAGAAAUAAAUUGAUGGGACCUAUUCCCACUUCCAUGGGAAACUUGAAUAAUAUGAUGACAUUAGUGUUGAGAGGCAAUACAUUAUCAGAGCAGAUCCCAUCAUCAUUAAAAAAUUGUACCCAGCUAGAGGUUUUGGUUCUUGGUGACAAUCAAUUAUCGGGAAAUUUACCAUCAUGGAUUGGCCAAAGUCUUACCUCACUUCGUGUUCUCUCUCUGAGAUCUAACAAGCUUAUUGGGGCCAUUCCUAAGACUAUGUCAAGUCUAUACUCGCUUCAAGUUUUCGAUGCUGCUGAAAAUUGCCUCUCAGGGACUAUCCCUGACAUUUUCACAAACUUCACAGCAAUGAAAGUUACAGAGAAAAUGGCUGAUUACAAUUACGAUCGCAAUCACAGCUUCUAUUAUAUGGUGAGCAUUGAUAUAGUGGCAAAAGCGUCAAUGAUGGAUUACACCGAAUUUCUCUCUCUUGUGACAUGCAUAGAUCUUUCGAGAAAUAAUUUCUCGGGAAGAAUUCCAGAAUCAUUGACAAAAUUUUGA